AUGUCCGCUAGUAACUACGACGGGAAAUCCAAGUUUACAUGUAAAUGCGGCCGCCAGUAUGACAAUGAAAUAGCUUUAGAUCAACAUAAGGCAACGAGCUGUGAAAAUCAAGAUCUUUCUUGUCCAUUAUGUGAGGAAUCUUUAUCAAGCUCAAUUGAUAUGCGUAUACAUUUGUUUCGAUGCGGUGCCAAGACUGAGAAGUGUCCCGUAUGUCAAAAAUAUAUCCACAGAGCAAUCUACAACUUUCAUGUUGAGAAUAAUUGCAUCGAUUUGGAUGAAGAUGAACCAAAUGGAAGUAAUGUCAACACAGAAUAUGAUCCACUCAAUAGGACCGAUAGAACACAAAUUGAAUCCCGUAAUGAACCAUCAGAUAAUAUAACUCCAUUUUUUGAACGAUUAGAAUUAAAUUUUAAUGAAGAAUUAGUGAACACUACACCGCAGCAGGCAAUGCACAAUAGAGUAAAUGCGGUUUCAUAUUUGCAUGGGAAAGCUUCUCAAAUACAGGAAAGUUUGUCUCGAGAAUACUAUCCAAUCGAGGUGAAUCAUGUUGCCGAAAAACUUGAAUUUAAUAUUAUUCUUAUUGGGUCGCCACGUGUUGGUAAAAGUGAAUUUAUUAAUGCAAUAUGUAACGGCGAGAAGAAAGCUGAAACAAGUCCUAGUUUGAAUUCUUGCACUAAAGAAGUGACAUGUUACUUUUUGGAAGAUAAUCAAGAACGAAUGCCUGGUAUAAAACCAUUUCGGAUUAAUUUUUACGACACACCAGGUAUUGAAUCGUGGACUAAGCAAGAUGGAAAAGCAACGAUGUUGAAAUUUAUUGAGGACAAAGAUCCAAUUUGUGUUAUUUAUUGUGCUGCACCGGGAUCAUUCGCUGAUUUGCCACAAGUUCGUCCCGUAUUAGAAUUUUGUCAAAAGAAAAAUAUCUUCUGGGCUUUCGUUUGCACAAAUAUGUGGUCGAGUGUUCAUCGUAAAGAAGUCAUUGAAGAGUUUGAAAAGGAAUUAGCUAUUUUUGGCGUUGGAAUCGAAAAAUCGUUUGAUCAAUCACAUUCUCCUAUUCCUCACAAAGUAACAGUGUUUGGUAGAAGUGCACUUUGUACAAUGGUGAAUUCAAUCGAAUACUACGAUCCUGAAUAUUCACCAGAGAGAAAAACAGUGCAAGGUAUUGAUGAACUCAUUCAUUGUAUAAUGGAAGCACUCGAUGAUGAAAAACUACUUGGUUGGUGUAAUGCUGUUCUAUACCGACGCAGUUUUUGGGAAAAGUUGGGUCAAAACUUGAAUGGUUUCUUUUCGAUUCGGAUUAAAGAUAUACAAAAUAUGCAUCAUGAAUCGACCGAAUCGAUGACAUCAGUAAUUAUGAAAUAUAUUUAUUCCAUUGUACGAAAACGUUGA